AUGCAAUACCUGUCCCAAGCUGGAAUAGAGGUUCUCAUCAAGGCCGUUAUCCAAGCCAUCCCAACAUAUAGCAUGAGAAUAUUCAAGAUUCCCAAAAAUAUUUUAAUGGAGCUCAAUAGAUUAAUGCAGCAAUAUUGGUGGGGUCAGAAAGCUGAAAAAAAAAAAAGGAUUCAUUGGUAUUCUUGGGGAAAGCUCAGACAAGUUAAAGUAAGUGGUGGGCUUGGGUUAAGAGAUCUUGAGCAGUUUAAUUUGGCUAUGCUAGCCAAGCAAGAAAGGAGGUCGAUUCAGAACUCUCCUUCUCUAGCUGCAAAGGUCUUCUCAACAAAGUACUUUCCUAAUGGCAAUUUCUUAAAGGCUGGUCUUAACAGAAGCCCUUCUCUCAUUUGGAGAAGUAUUAUGGUUGCUAGGCCUUUAAUUGAGGAGGGUUUAUUUUGGCAUAUUGGGAAUGAUUGCAGUACUAAAAUAUGGCAUGACAAGUGGCUGCCAUGCCCAACAUGCUUUAAAGUUCAAAGUCCAGUGAAAAAUCUUGAACCAGAGGCAACUGUGGAUGCUCUUAUUGAUCCAGUUACAAGUUCAUGGAGGAUGGAGCUAAUCAAUGAAACUUUCCUUGAAAAAGAAGCUGCCACUAUUAUUCAAACUCCUAUUAGUCUUUGCAACAGUUCUGACAGGAUUUCUUGGAGGUGUACAACAAAUGGCAUCUUCUCUGUGAGAAGUGCUUACGACCACUUACAACUCAAGAUCAGACAGAGGGCUUAG